AUGAGAAAUUUUUGUGCACACUUUGUGUUCCUCUCAACAUUGGAACCAAAAAAUCACGAAGAAGCUUUAAAAGAUUCCGAAUGGGUUGUUACCAUUCAAGAUGAAUUGAAUGAGUUUGAAAGAAAUAAAAUGUGGCAUUUAGAACCGAAACCAAAACACAAGAAGGUGAUUGGACUAAAAUGGGUAUUUAGAAACAAAUUGGAUGAACAUGGAAUCAUAGUAAGAAAUAAAGCGAGGCUCGUGGUUAAAGGGUACAAUGAACAAGAAGGAAUCGAUUAUACAGAGAUAGUUGCUCCGGUAGCCAGACUAUGCAGGAGAUCUUGUAAACAGGAAAAGCACCUCAGGUAUGGUACAAUUCCUUGGCUCUUGUUUAGUGUUUUGGUGUUCCAAAAAACAAAACACCGUUGCAUUAUCCACCGCAGAAGCAGAAUAUGUGGCUGCAGUAGCUUGCUGUGUCCAAAUGCUUUGGAUCAAGCAACAGCUAAAAGACUUUGGUAUUAA